GUGGCAUUAAAACUUCAUAUCAUGAUAAGUACAAAUCGGUGAGUUAAUUGAAAAAUAAAAUAAAAAUAGUAGUAAUACUAGGGAACAAGCACACGUGUGGAGGAAUACAGGGUGGCAGAAACGUCGACGUUUCAAAGGAAAAGUCACGGGGGCAGGAAAAUUUGACUGGCGUACCAGAGGGAAGCGCUAAAAAGGAGAGGAAUAUACCGGUGAAGAUCCCCCAAGUAGUAUUGAAGAAUUACAGUGCAGUUUUUGUUGUUGGGUAAUAUAAAUACGGCGUUACAAACCCAUCUCAAUUUCCUUCAUCCCCAACCAUAAUCCUCUUCCCCCCUUUCAAUUCGAAAUUUGGUAAAGGAUCAUACCCUUAAUUCUGUUGCUCUAGAGUCUCCCAACACAUUUAUACUUCUCUUUCUUUUUCUCUCUCCCAGAUUUUUGGAUUUCAAGAAAGAAUUAAGUACCGUGGAAUCGCCACCGUUGAUUCUUAUUCAAAGAUCACUCAGUCUCAGUCGAUCACUCCUCAAAUCGUAUUGGGAUUUAUCCAUUUACUGCGCCUUUCAGAGAUCGUUAAGAUCUCUCUUCUCCUUGCUUGAGAGAAGAAGAGCAGAGGACAAUAAGCUAUGUCAGGGGAUAACCUUAAAGUGCUUAACGCGCUUGAUUCAGCAAAGACACAAUGGUACCAUUUCACGGCGAUCAUCAUCGCCGGAAUGGGAUUCUUCACUGAUGCCUACGAUCUCUUCUGCAUAUCUCUUGUCACCAAAAUGCUUGGUCGCAUCUACUACCACCAUGAGGGCGCCACCAAGCCGGGCAGUUUGCCUCCUAACGUCUCUGCUGCUGUUAAUGGUGUAGCACUCUGUGGAACACUUGCCGGCCAACUCUUCUUUGGUUGGCUUGGGGACAAGUUGGGGAGGAAGAAAGUUUAUGGCAUAACCCUCAUGCUCAUGUGCGUUUGUUCCCUUGCUUCGGGCCUUUCUUUCGGCCAUGAACCCAAGACUGUUAUGGCCACUCUUUGCUUUUUCCGGUUUUGGCUUGGAUUUGGCAUCGGUGGUGACUAUCCUCUUUCCGCCACCAUCAUGUCUGAAUAUGCUAACAAGAAAACCCGUGGUGCUUUCAUUGCUGCAGUCUUUGCCAUGCAGGGAUUUGGAAUCUUGGGAGGAGGUAUUUUCGCCAUGAUUGUUUCCUCAGCUUUUAGUGCGAAACUCAAUUCCCCGUCUUAUGAGGUGGAUCCCAUUGCUUCAACUCCUCCAGAAGCUGAUUAUGUCUGGAGGAUCAUCCUGAUGGCUGGUGCACUUCCUGCCAUACUCACUUACUAUCAAAGGAUGAAGAUGCCUGAAACUGCUCGUUACACUGCUCUCGUUGCGAAAGAUUUGAAGCAGGCUAACGCGGAUAUGUCCAAGGUCUUGAAUGUUGACAUCGAGGCUGAUCAAGCCAAGGUUGUGGAGAAGAGGAUUGAGGAGAAUCCCAGCAAUUCUUUUGGUUUGUUCUCGCAACAAUUCCUCAAGCGCCACGGCCUUCAUUUGCUUGGCACAACAAGCACAUGGUUCUUGCUUGAUAUUGCAUUCUACAGCCAGAAUCUAUUCCAGAAGGACAUUUUCAGUGCAGUUGGAUGGAUUCCUGCCGCAAAGACAAUGAGCGCAAUUCAGGAGGUGUUUACCAUUGCCAAGGCACAAACUCUUAUUGCUCUAUGCAGUACCGUACCUGGAUAUUGGUUCACAGUGGCUUUGAUUGACAGAAUUGGAAGAUUUGCCAUCCAACUUUUGGGCUUUGCCAUGAUGACCGGGUUUAUGUUUGGUUUAGCAUUCCCAUACAACCACUGGACUAAACCAGGAAACCACAUUCCCUUUGUGGUGAUGUACUCUUUCACCUUCUUCUUCGCCAACUUCGGACCUAAUGCCACCACUUUCGUCGUCCCGGCAGAGAUCUUCCCUGCUCGGUUGAGAUCUACUUGCCACGGUAUCUCAGCUGCUUCAGGAAAGUUGGGCGCAAUCGUUGGCGCUUUUGGAUUCCUGUAUUUGGCACAGUCCCAAGAUAAAACCAAAACUGAUGCAGGCUACCCACCAGGUAUUGGAGUCAAGAAUUCGCUAAUUGUGUUAGGUGUGAUCAACUUCUUGGGAUUGCUGUUCACUUUCCUUGUGCCCGAAUCAAAUGGAAAAUCACUUGAGGAAAUGACGGGCGAAAACGAAGACUUCAAAGAGGGAGAAGAAAUGGCAACUCAAAACAAUAGGUCGCCUCUUCCUGUUGUUUAAGUGUGUUUUGUCGCCUUGGUUUAGAUUCUUUUAACUGUUGUUCUGACGAGGAAGUUUUAGUUAAUCGCUUUAAAUUUCGGUCUCUUUCAACUUCAUCUCCUGUUAUGAGCUUUUCUUGUAGUACUUGAGAUAUUGUAGCCAUAUGGCAAAGGGAAAUUUGUAAUGGCCUCUUCUUCAAUUGAAUAACACUAGCAGUUUUCUAACUAUCUGUGUCGAUUAUGAUACGCAAUCUUUAUAUUAUGGAGCCCAUCAUUGCGGAUUUUGACACAAUAUUAUGACAACAUUAUAGAACAAGGUUUAAUUUUCCAUUAUCGUCUGGUUUUCCAUUAUUGCGGAGGAAAAUGGUAACGAGACAACAUAACUCCAUGUUGUGAGCCAUCAGAAAAAGAGACCAUCAUAGAAAAUACACAACAUAAUACAGUUACAGUCAGAGUAAAGCUACAGAUAAGCAUUUCCAGGCUUACAUUAUUUUUCUCUGUCUUUUCAGUGCCCAGAAUCCCAGAAAUGAAGCUAUGGAUUAAAGAUUGAAUCAGCCAACAUGGAUGAACUCUGAAUGCCUUCUGCUUUCUUACUUUUGAACCUGGAAAGAACUCCUUUUCAACUGCAGGAAGUUCAGUUUGCACGGUCCCUGAUCACUUCUAGAUCCAUUUCUGAAGGUUCAGUAGCCUGAAUCUCAUAAUGAAUCCCAUCCAACUCUCUCUUAAACCUUUCUUUAGAAGUUGCAUAAAGCAUCUUGGCACGAAUCCGAGAGACUGCAGGGGACCUGGUAAGCAUAGCAUACACAUAUAUAUACAUAUAUCCCAGAUCAAAACUGAUGCCAAACUUCAAAGGUGAAAUCGGAUUUGCAAUUUUCAGUAGAGACUUAAAUGGUUAAGAAGGUGCAGAGAAUCACCAUGCAAUGAAGAAGAUCUUGCUCUUUUGACAAUUCUCAGAGGUGACGAAAUCAAAGUCAUAGACAGCAUAACGGCAAUCAUUUUCCGGCAAGGAAGCCGUGAAAUCCUCGUAGCUCUCAGCAGGAUUCCCUGUUUUCUCCACAACUAUUUCCUUCUUCUUCUCAUCAAUCUUGAAAACCACAUAACGAUAGCUCUUCUUCCUUUUCAGCUCCAAGAAUGCAUCUUUGCUGUGAUCAGCAACUCCCAUCCCAGAAGUAGCAUUUUGCUGAAAACCAAACCCAAAAAAUAAAAUAAAAUAAAUACAUGAAUCAUGCAAAUUACAGCUAAAAAGAAAUCUGAAAAAUCCCUUCAACAGGAGGAAAAUAAAAACAUACUCCUCUGAUUCUGAAGGACAUGGCUGGAAGAUACGAGGAAAAGAUCAGGAAGAAAUUAAGUGGGUAUUCCCAGAAGCUGAAACGAGAUUUGUAGGACUAUGAUGGAGAUUAAAUAUGCCUGAAGUUGGCGUGUGGGGAUGUAAUCUGUAAUGGAUUGGAGGAGUGGUUCUCGAGGUUUUGACGGAAAGAAGAGAAAGACAAAUGCAGGGGUUGAAGUAAAAGAAACCGAGGAAAUGGAAAAGGCAUAUGUGCCCAACUGAAGAAAGCAACUAAAUAAAAAAAAUAAAAAUAGUUCCUUGUUUUAUUUCGCCUUCGUCUAAUCUGAACUUGGCAGAAGAAAUGGCAGAUUCGCAAAUUGACCAACAUCCCAUUGGCUAAAUUAGAUUUUAACAGGUAGUCACCCGUGCUCCUCAUGAUAGUAAUUAGAACAAAUUACGAAUCACCUUCAUAUGAAUAUUCCAUUUGAAUUAA